AUGUCGUUUAUAAAACAGGUGGGUAAAUUGAUACGUCCUAAUGAUUAUAGCUCUAGCAUCUUUCAAACCUCGUUUUUAAAUAAUGUAAUUCAGGUUCGUACUGCAACAAAAAGAGCUGCAGGUUCGAAGACCAAUAAGAAUGAUUCUGCUGGUAGAAGAUUAGGUCCUAAAGCCUAUGAAGGUCAUUUUGUUAAACCGGGUCAAAUUAUUAUGAGACAAAGAGGUACUAAAAUACAUCCUGGUGAAAAUGUUGAUAUCGGUAAAGAUCAUACUAUUUUUGCUAUAGAACCUGGUUACGUCCGUUUCUAUUAUGAUCCAUUCCAUCCAUUAAGAAAAUAUGUUGGUAUUGCUUUAAGAAAGGACUUAAAUUUACCAACUCCCCAUUUCUCUCCUAGAGUUAGAAGAUUUGGUUAUGAAAAGAUAACGGAUCCAGCUGAAGCUGAAAAGGAAGAAAAUCAUAUGUCAAGAAAAGAAUUUUUACAACAGCCCGAAUUAGAAAAAACCAGACAAGAACAACAAAAUCAAGAAGAACAAAGGGCUUCGGCUUUCAGAAACGCUUUAUCGUCUCAAUUUAAUUUAGAUUUGAGCGAGGCUGAUUUUCAAUUAGCAUUAAAUAGAUUGUUGAACAUCUCUCAAUUGACCAACGUGGGUCAAACUUUGGAAGAUGCAGAAGUACAAUCUACGUACAACUAUGUUUUCGAUUUGAAAUUAUCCUGCAAGAGAGGAGAAAUGACUUCGGAGGAAUUUUCAAAUUUGAAAAUGCAUUACAUACAGUUUGCUGAAAACUUCGAUAAAAAGGUAACCAUAGAUGCACAAGGUAACCCAUGUACAUAUGUUACCCCUGAAGCCAAAAAAGAGAACCAAAAUGAGAUACUAAGUAAAUUAGAAAAUGAAUUCUCCAAUAGAGUAAUUAGUGAAAAGGAUAAAGAGACCAUUUUUGAUUUAAUUAUGACUCCUGGUAUCUAUAAUCUUUCUCAACAAUCCUAUUUAAAGGACCGUUUCUUACCAAGUGUUUUGCCAACCACAGUUAAAGAGACUGUUGUGGAAGAUGUAGAUCCAAAAAAGCCACCUAAGGGGGUUAUUGUAACUAGAAUCUUUGAUGAAGAAACUAAACAGAUCAAGGUAAUAGGUAGGACUAAAGAAGCCUACAUUGGGCAAACAGAUUUAGAUAAAUCUCUUGCUUGA